AUGGAAUCGAUUCGCAGACGCCGCGAUGUGCUUUUCGAGCGCAUGAAGUGGGAGCUGAAAAACGCGAGUGUGGUGGAAAAAAGACAGCCUCCUGCCGGUGAAAUCCAGGAGCGCUUGCACAAACUUUCGGACCUGUGUGAACAAUUUGAUAAAGCGCAAAGUGAAAUCGAAGAACAAGUCGAUGCGCUAGUGGAAAUUAACUCGAUUUUCAACCAUCGGUUGGAAUUCGAGGAAAUGUAUUAUGACGUGAAAGGGCGGUACAUCAAGCUCCUCGGUGAACAUAACCCCCACGGAAGCAGUGAAGGAACUAUCGUCGAACCAGCGGAUGAUCUGAAGGAGGCAAUCAGGUUGCUUCUGGAUUCGCAGCGAAUCCUGAUGACGUCCCAGGCUGCAGCUUCGAACACGGUGUCGCAGUUGGCUGGCCAAGUCGGUUCCGUUAGCCUUUCCCGUCCGGUUGCUGACGCACAGGCGUCCGGGGGCCAAGUUCCGCUGGAGGUACGGUUGCCAACGAUUGUCCUGCCAGUCUUCAAAGGCGACCGGAAACAGUGGCCAUCCUUCAAGGACCUCUUCGAAAGCUGCAUCCAUUCGAAGAACCUGAAAAACUCCGUGAAGCUCCAGUACUUGCUUUCCCACCUGGAUGGGGAGGCGAAAAAGAUGGUUAGCUCUUACGCUAUCACCGACGCCAACUACGUGGGGGUAUGGGACCGGCUCAACGAGUUUUACGGUAAGAAAAAGUACACUGUCGCGGCACUCGUCAAGGAGUUUGUGGACCAGCCGCCAGUUACUGCGCCAACCCUCGUCGGACUCCGCAAGCUUACCUCAACCUCGGAUGAUGUAGUGCGGCAGCUCAAGGCCCUAGGAGAGGAAUACGAAUCUCGUGACCCGUGGCUGAUCCAUUUGCUCCUCGAGAAACUCGACCGAGAAACCCGUUCGCUGUGGGCCCAAAUGCUGGUCGAUGAGGACAAUCCCAGCUUCCAAGAUUUCAUCACGUUCCUUGAGCGGCGAUGCGAUGCCUUGGAAACCUGCGCGUCCUUUUCCAAGAAGGGGACCGAUGCCACAACGAAGAAGGAGCAGGAGCGGAAAGUGGAUCCAAACCCGAAGGCAAGUAAACAAAUCCAAAGCUUCCAUGCAAACACCCAGCAAGCUUGCCCGCAGUGCACAGAGGCUCACACGAUAUACCAGUGUGUCAGCUUCAAGAGCAUCCCGGUGACCAGUCGACGGGAUCUCGUCCAGCGAGCCAAGCUCUGCUUCAAUUGCCUGAAAGCGACCCACGGCGUGAAGAACUGCACAUCCCCACUGGUGUGCAAACAGUGCAAACAAAAACAUCACUCACUGCUUUGCACAAGUGACAGUUCUGCCUCCGACUCAGGCCAGCCCCGGGAAGAAGCAGCUGCGAAGAAGCAAGAAGCAGGAGAACCAAAACAAGCGGAUUCGGUGGCAUCGUAUGUCGCGGAUCUCAAGACCAGCUGUUCAGUGAACUUCUUAAGUUUGCUGCCUACGGCUGUCGUCAAGGUGUUGGGGAAGAACAACGUCUUCCACGAAGUACGGGCAAUGGUCGAUUCCGCCUGUAUGAACUCGCUCAUCAGCAAGCAAGCCUUCGAACGUCUUGGCCUGGAAAGGCGCAACGCCAACAUUCUCGUGAGCGGUAUCACCGACGGGAAACCCAGCAAGACAACAGGAGCGGUCACACUGCAAAUCUCAUCGCGAUUCGACGAUCGUAUCGUCAUCGUGGUGGAUGCGCUAAUCCUGAAUCACCUGGUUCCGGACCAACCGAGUCACCAGUUUGACGUCGACGUUGGUGCCCUGGCCGAGGCGCCUCUCGCAGAUCCAACCUACAACGAAUGUGGUAAGAUCGACCUUUUGUUGGGAAUAGAAGCUUUCUUUUCCAUUCUAGAACCGGGCAAGCUCUACGCCGGUCGAGGCGUACCAGUUGCGCAGAAUUCCGUCUUCGGCUACCUGGUUGGUGGCCACUUCAACACAGCACGUGCCACCGAUGGUCGUCCGAUACUGGGACUCGCGACGACGACGACGAAUCUGGAUCAAACGCUCCGGAAAUUCUGGGAAGUGGAGGAGGUGCCUAAAUCCAAGCAGCUUACCCCGGACGAGCUGCGCGCUGUCGAGCACUUCCACUCCACCCUUUCUCGGACUGAAACAGGGCGAUACGUGGUUCGCCUACCCUUCGACCGUACCAAGCCAGAACUGGGCGAAUCGGCUACCGCUGCCAUCCGGCGGUUCAAGGCAAUGGAAAGGAAGUUCAGCAUCGAUCCAGAACUACAACAGCACUACGGACAGUUCAUGACUGAGUAUGAGGCUCUCGGUCACAUGGAGAAAAUUCCGCCAAGCGAGGUGGAAGUCGCACCGGAGAAGUCGUUCUAUCUUCCGCAUCACGGCGUGUGGAAGGUGGACAGCGCAACGACGAAGCUACGCGUCGUUUUCGACGCCUCGAGCAAGAGUGCUUCCGGGGUGUCGUUGAAUGAUCGCCUGCUAGUGGGACCGAACGUGAACGAAUCUCUCUUCAACGUGUUCACCCGCUGGCGCACCUACAGGAUUGCUUUCUGCGCCGACGUCGAAAAGAUGUAUCGGCAAGUUCUUGUCGCCAAAGAAGAUGCCGAUUUCCAGCGAGUAGUGUGGCGCAAUUCUCCCGACCAACCUUUGGACCAUUACCGCUUGCUGACCGUUACGUACGGUACCGCGAGCGCGGCGUAUCAAGCUAUGGCGGCCUUGCAACAGGCUGCUGAAGACAACAAGGACGCACAUCCGCUGGCAUCCGAGCGGAUUCCGAAAAAUUUCUACGUGGAUGAUCUGCUCUCGGGGGCGGAUACCAUCGAAGAAGCCAAAUCUCUCCGCAACGACAUCGUUCAAGUUUUGGAUAGCGGUGGCUUUGCUCUUCGCAAGUGGAGCUGCAACGAACCGCAACUGUUAGAAAGCGAUGCGGUACAAGAUGAACCGGUCCACAUGAAGCUGCCGCAGGAAGAUGAUUCCGUCAAGGCGUUGGGGAUCAGAUGGUCACCUCAAGAUGACACGUUCAGCUUCAAACUCUCGUUCGACAUCGACAGCACAAACACCAAACGUCAACUGCUGUCCGAUUCUUCAAAGUUUUUCGAUCCAUUCGGCUGGAUCGCGCCGGUGAUGAUCCGAAUGAAAAUACUGUUCCAACACCUGUGGCUCUACGACCUGGGCUGGGACGAUCCACUUCCCGCAUUCAUCCUGGAGGAGUGGAUUACCUUGAAGGAGACCCUGCACCACAUCGAAAGAAUUCGAAUUAGAAGAUGGAUUCCGCACGCCGGAGGGAAGCUCCAACUACAUGGUUUUGCCGACGCUUCUGAAGCCGCGUACGCAGCCGUCGUGUACGCACGCACCGUUAACCAGGAUGGAAGGGUUGAAACGAAUCUGGUGGUGGCCAAAACCAGGGUGGCUCCCAUUCUCCAGGUGUCGCUGCCCCGUCUGGAACUCAUGGCGGCGGAGCUACUCGUCGAUCUGAUGGUCAAGGUACAGGAGUCGUUCUCGCAUCUGGAGGUCGAACUAUUUGCGUGGAGCGAUUCUGAAAUUGUUCUUCACUGGCUCACCUCGCUACCAAGAAAGUGGAAAACUUUUGUGGCCAACCGCACCUCCAAGAUUUUGCAGCAUCUUCCCAGGAACCACUGGCGUCACGUGUCAUCAAAGGACAAUCCGGCCGACUGCGCCUCGCGCGGUGUCACGCCCUUGGAACUACUGUUACAUCCGCUGUGGUGGAGGGGCCCCGGUUGGCUCGCACAACCAGAAGACGAAUGGCCUACUCAAUCGGUUCGUUCAGUCAUGGACGACGAGCUUCUUGAACAGCGAACGUCGGUGACCUGCUUGCACGCUAGUGCUACGGCGUGUCCCAGCGGUGGCCACGAAACACUGACGUACCUCCUCAACCGAUACUCAAAUUUGUCCCAUAUUCGGCGCGUGUUGUGCUGGAUCAAUCGCCUACGACACAACGCUUUGGCCCGUAAACGUGGUGUGGCCCGACUUGAAGGACCGCUCACACCGAAGGAAAUCGACAACUCCUGUUUGCAGCUGGCACGAGCAGUGCAAAGCGACUGCUUCCAAAAGGAAAUCGAUUGUCUGGUCAAGAACGCUCCUCUUCCAGGCAACAGCAAGCUGAAGAACCUCUUUCCUUUCGUCGACGCUGAUGGCACUCUACGGGUUGGUGGUCGCCUCCAGAACUCAAGCCAACCAUACGACGUUCGCCAUCCAAUCAUCAUACCGAAGGAUCACCAAUACACCAAGUUGCUUCUGUCAGAAGUACAUCUCCGUAACCUACACGCAGGGCCAACUCUGAUGAUCGCGACACUCAAUCAGCGAUAUUGGAUCGUCGGCUGCCAGACGGUGGUGCGUGGCUCUGUGGCGAGCUGCAUGCGCUGCUGUCGGUUGAAAGGAAAAACAGCCACUCAACUAAUGGGAAGCCUGCCAUCAGUCCGCACAACUCCAGCUCGUCCUUUCGUACACUGCGGCGUGGACUACGCGGGCCCAAUCCUUCUGCGCUCAUCAACCCUACGAUCGGCGAAGACAAUAAAGGGCUAUGUUGCUGUCUUUGUUUGCCUUGCAACAAAGGCAGUACACCUUGAGGCAGUGUCUGAUCUGUCCACGAAUGCUUUCUUGGCAGCCCUAAAGCGCUUCUGUGGUCGUCGUGGUCUCUGCAGCGAAAUUUGGUCUGACCACGGCACGAACUUCGUGGGUGCCGACCGAAGUAUCCGCGAACAUCUGCAAUCGCCGGAGUUCAACCAAGCUGUUAGCCGCUACCUAGCGGACCUGAAAGUGAAGUGGACGUUCAUCACUCCAUCCGUCCCCCACAUGGGAGGAAUUUGGGAGGCGGCCGUGAAAAGUUUCAAGAAACAUCUCCGGGCCGUCCUUGGGCAUGCGACGCUGACGUAUGAGGAGCUUUCAACCGUCUUGACGCAAAUCGAGGCGUGCUUGAAUUCGCGUCCCUUGUGCCAGCUCUCCACAUCGCCCGACUCCCUCGAAGCCCUCACGCCGGGGCAUUUUAUCAUCAACCAACCACUGAAUCUGUUGCCCGAGCCUGACAUCCGUCACCUCCAGGAAGGCCGUCUGGACAGAUGGCAACGUGUUCAACGCCACGUGGACGACAUUUGGGCACGAUGGAGAAACGAAUACGUCGCCACGCUUCAGCCUCGUAACAAAUGGCAGUCCGUUCAACAGAACUUGGAUUCGGGGCAGUUGGUCCUGAUCAAGAACGACAACACGUCACCAGCGGCAUGGGAACUCGCAAGAAUCGUCGCAACCCAUCCGGAUCAAUAUGGUGUAGUCCGCACCGUAACCGUUCGUCGAGGGCAGAACGAAUACCAACGAGCGGUGCACAAGUUGGUUCCGCUUCCACUGGAUUGA